CCUUCCUUCCCCCGUCUCCUCCCAUGGCGAAAGGCGCGGGAGGGAAGCUGAGCAAGCUCAGGUGUAUGAUCAAGCGCUGGAACUCCUCCGGCAAUAUCACCCGCUCUAGUUCCGGCGCAUCCGCCUCUGCCAGGGCUUCCUCCCGGUCCCAGGACGGCGAGGGGUGGCUGCACUCCGCGUCGCUCCACGGAGACGAGGUUCCGCCAGGGCUUCACCCGGUGUACGUCGGGAAGUCUCACCGGAGGUACCUCGUGAGAGACGACCUCGUCUUCCACCCACUCUUCCGGGUACUCGUCGAGCGGUGCAGCGACGGCGCUGAUGCGGAGACGGUGGUGGUUGGGUGCGAGGUGGUGAUGUUCGAACACCUGUUGUGGAUGCUGGAGAACGCCGAGCCGCAGCCCGAGUCGCUGGACGAGUUGGUCGAGUUCUACUCCUGCUGAUAGAGGCGGAGCAAUGUAACCGCUGUGGAGCUCAACGAAAGUAAGCCGCAGGGUAUAUAUUAGAUAUUUAUUUUAUGUAGGGUUGAUUCGGUAAGAAUGUA